GAAGGGGGCUGUGGUAGCACAGAUGACAGUAAAGCAGGGAGAGGGGAGUUUGGGGGACUGAGAACCAGGUGCAUGACUUUAGAAGGGAAAGCGGAAUCUCUGGGAAACACAGGGGGAAAUAGGGUGGGGGAAUCUCACACCCCGAGUCGUGGUUUCUUAUAAAUAGCCCUAAAUUGGGUCACAUGGACAGGAAUAAACAGUCCCCUUGUCCCAUCCCCUAUCUCCUAUCCCAAACACUGCUCCACCUCCACCGUCACUGGCCCCUUUGUCCCAGGGGUCUCUGGUCCCUCCCACCCCCCUGCUGCCCUCUCCCCCUUCAUUCCCACAACAGCUCUUUAUCCCCAUCUCUGAACAGGGCCCAGAGUUCCUCAAUCCCUGGCCUCCCACAGCUCUGCACCCCAGAAUCCCCGAUGGGGAGGGGCAGGCGUUACCUGGGCAGGUCACAAUGGUGGGGGUGGGGCGGAGGCAGGAUUUCUAGGCCGUUGCCACGGUGAUGCCACCUGAGCUGGGCACCAGGCACCCUGUUGCCUGGGAAACAGGGCAGGCGGGGCCCCUCCCCUGAGAGAUGCCAGAGCCGUUGAGCUGAGACUCAGGUGGAUCGGGUUCCCCAGGUCCCAGGAGUGGGGGAGAAGAAGAAGGGGAGCUAUUGAGGGCUGGGAGAGAACGACCCCUUACCUGUGAGGGCAGAGGUUGGGGCAGGGCGGGGAGAAGGGAGAGGAUGAGGCAGGUGAAAGCAAUUCAAGAUAGACAACAAGGAGACUGGCUGCUCCUCGUCUUCCCCACCCCUGAUAGAGGUUCCCAGACUGAUCCCACUCUCCCUCUGUGUUUCUGCAAUCCCCUCCUUGUUGUUUCUCACACUCUCCUCCCUCCCUUUCACCGAAUCCCCGGGUGGAUGACCCCAGAGCCCACACACCCCCGCCCCUGCCCCCAGCUCAGCUCCGCCCAGCCUCCUCCCGGUUGCUUAGUUUCUCCCAAUGACAGUCUCCUUCCCCUCCCCACUCUCCACUCCGCCCUCAGCCCUGCCCCUAUAACAGCCCCCCUGCCCUUACCCCUCCAGCUCCAGAUUCCUGAAGUGACACCCAGGGGAGAGAGCUGCCGGGCAGCGGCCUGUGCCCACUGCUGCUCAGGAGGCAGGCAGAAGAGGGACGGGUCCAGUCUAGGAGAAAACUAGAAAAACAGAGGGGCCUCAGGGGAAACUGAGGCCGGGUCAGGCGGCUGAGGCUGAACACCGAGGCCUGGCAGAACCUCGAAGGCUGAGACGGGACCAGAGACGUCUUGUCCAGCACCAAGUCCUUUUGUGAGUGACCAGAACCCUCCGGAGUGGGCAGAAGGGUCCAGGAGGGGCUGAGAGGGACCACCCAGCAGCCCAGAGGGUCUGAGCAGAAGAGGUGGGAAUAGGCGCGUGGUGGAAGAAGGAGCAGGCAUAGCAAGGGCACAGAGGACUCGGGGCGAAGAAGAACUUUCAGGGGGCGGGCAGAGAAGAGCCCUUUGCUCGGCAUCGUGUACCGAGGACCACCACCCAAGCCUCACUUCUCCUUCCCUACCCCGUCCUCCUCUUUUGAGACUCGUCUGAGUCUCGUUCGAGUGAGGCCAUCACCUCCCCUUGAACGGAAUGGCUUCGACGGGGCUGGAACUGCUGGGGAUGACCUUGGCGGUGCUGGGCUGGUUAGGAACUCUGGUGUCCUGCGCCCUGCCCCUGUGGAAGGUGACGGCCUUCAUCGGCAACAGCAUCGUGGUGGCCCAGGUGGUGUGGGAGGGGCUGUGGAUGUCCUGCGUGGUCCAGAGCACGGGCCAGAUGCAGUGCAAGGUGUACGACUCCCUCCUGGCCCUGCCCCAGGACCUGCAGGCCGCCCGGGCCCUCUCCGUCAUCGCCCUGCUGCUGGCGCUCCUGGGCUUGCUGGUGGCCAUCACUGGCGCCCAGUGCACCACCUGCGUGGAGGACGAAGGGGCGAAGGCCCGGAUCGUCCUGACGUCCGGGAUCGUGUUCCUGCUGUCGGGGCUCCUGGUCCUGAUCCCGGUGUGCUGGACGGCCCACGCCAUCAUCCAGGACUUCUACAACCCGCUGGUGGCGGAGGCGCUGAAGCGGGAGCUGGGGGCCUCGCUCUACCUGGGUUGGGCGGCCGCGGCCCUGCUGCUGCUGGGCGGGGGGCUGCUCUGCUGCUCCUGCCCCCCGCCCCGAGCCGACCGGCCCGGGGCGCCUCGCCUGGGCUACGCGGCCCCCUCCCGCUCCGGGGCCUCGGGCCUGGACAAAAGGGACUAUGUGUGAGUGGACGUCACUCCCACGGCCCCUCGAGCGUAGCCGUAACUCUAUUCCACCCCUCACCGUAACCCCAAUCCUGCGGCAAAGCUGAUCUUACGAGCGACUGGAACGCCAACCCCUAACGGUUGCCUUUUCCCUAACGGGUAGCGGUAACUCUAUUCCACCCCUCACCUUAACCCCAAUCCUGCGGCAAAGCUGAUCUUACGAGCGACUGGAACGCCAACCCCUAACGGUUGCCUUUUCCCUAACGGGUAUCCGAAAUCGGACGGUUUGCCCUGGCCCAACCCAACCCCUAUCCUAAUCCAGCCCCAACCUUACCCCUAUCCCUAAAGUCACUCUGCCCCCCCCCACCCCCCCUGUAGUAUUACUGACCAGUGUCCCAGCUGAACCCUAACUUUAAACCUAAUCUUACCUGUACCUUCCAGGUAGCGGUAACUCUAUUCCACCCCUCACCUUAACCCCAAUCCUGCGGCAAAGCUGAUCUUAUGGAGCGACUGGAAUGCCAACCCCUAACGGUUGCCUCUUCCCUAACGGGUAUCCGAAAUCGGACGGUUUGCUUGGUCCCAACCCAACCGCUAUCCUAAUCCAGACCCAACCUUACCCCUAUCCCUAAAGUCACUCUGCCCCCCCAUCCCCCCUGUAGUAUUGCUGACCGGUGUCCCAGCUGAACCCUAACUUUAAACCUAAUCUUACCUGUAACUUCCAGGUAAAUUGGCCCCUUGACCCUAAUCCUAUUCCCGCCCUCCAGGCUGACAGACACCCAGAAAUGUGACUUGAACAGUAACCCCGGUCCCAAUGUGAGUCAACCCAUGACCAACUCCAAAUCAAUCUUUAACUCUCUCCAAGCUUCAACUCCUCCAUCCCACCAUGCGACAACGCAACUAUUCUCCCUUCUUGCCCCCCUCCCACCCCACAAGGGAGUCUUACUCCCUGGCCCCUCUUCAGUGUUGGAAAGGGAGUGGAAAAACUGGAAAGAAGCUGCUUCUUCUUCCCCAGCCCUCUGGCCCUUUAGACAGGGAGGGCCUUGCCCCUCGGCUCCAUUUGUCAAUGAAGCUUCUCCCUUCUUGGGGUGGGGCACUGGCUCUCUCCCCUUAAAAACCCAAGCUGCUUUCAGUGCUUCCCACCGUGGGGCUGGGGGAGCCUCUUCCCCGGUUUCUCUCUAAGUUCUUCCUUUCAGGCAGCUUGCUCCCAGCCGUUCCGAUCGGGACUCACUGGGCAUUUCUAUCGUUUCAGGCCCGUGGGGCCGAAGACUCCGAUUCCCUGAAUCUGGGCUGGGCUGAACGGCCCCAGAUCCUGGAAUAGCCCACCGGCUCCCUGGGGGAGCCCUCCGGACCCCCCAAUCAUCAUCAUCAUCAUCAAUCGUAUUUAUUGAGUGCUUACUAUGUGCAGAGCACUGUACUAAGCGCUCGGGAAGUACAAAUUGGCACCUCCCCACACCGCAACUUGCCUCAGCUCCAGCACUACGUAGUCUGAUCUCCGGGACGCUUUUGAAGCCCUUUCCCUUUCCUCCCGGACUCUUCCAGCUCUCUCUCCAGGAUGCCAGUGUUCCGCUCCUCUCUUUCACUGGUCUCUUUCCCUUUCCUCCCGGACUUCUUCCGGCUCUUACUUCAGGACGCCAGUGUUCCGCUCCUCUCCUCCCCACGCGUGAGAGAUGGGAAUAAAAGGAAAGCGUGUUUUUAACUGGA